AUGGGUGUGAUGGGUCCAUCCUCUUGCAUCAUGUUCCAGGUCAAUGGUGCUUUUGCAAACCUGCCUUUCUACCAUGGGGACAGGAUAAAGGCUUACCUCCGUGGAAUGGAGGUGUUCAUCCAGACUGAUUUUGAUGUGACGGUGGUCUUUGACUGGAAGAGUUACGUCAGAGUCAUGGUGCCCAGCACUUACACCAAUGCUGUGUGUGGUCUCUGUGGCAACAAUAACCGGGACCCGAAGGAUGACUUUGCCAUGAAGGAUGGCAGCCAGGCACCGAGUGCAUCUCAAUUUGCCGAGAGCUGGAAGGUGGCUGAGGUCCCUGGUUGCUCAGUGGGCUGCACUGACGACUGCCCAGCCUGUGGAGAUGCCCAGAAGGAAGCCUAUGAGGGUGAGCAAUACUGCGGCAUCCUCAUCAAAAAGGAUGGGCCAUUCCGGCAAUGCCACAGGACCAUCGACCCAACACCCUACUUCAUUGACUGUGUCUUUGAUACCUGCCAGUACCAUGGUCAGCAUGAUGCUCUGUGCCGUGCCAUCAGCGUUUAUGUGGCUGCCUGCCAAGCCUUGGGCGUUCAGAUUGGACCAUGGAGAACAGACUCUUUCUGCAGCCCUGCCUGUUCGCUGAACUCUCACUACGAGCUCUGCGGAAAUGGCUGCCCUGCCACUUGCCACGGGCUCUCUGCUCCAGCCAGCUGCAUGGCUUCAUGCAAAGAGGGCUGCUAUUGCGAUGCUGGGUUCGUCCUGAGUGGGGACCAGUGCGUUCCUCUGGGUGACUGUGGCUGUAUGCACCAGGGGAAGUACUACAAGAAGGGAGAGUACUUCUACCCCAGCUCCUCCUGCCAGGAGCAAUGCCAGUGCACUGAGAAUGGGGUCGUUGAAUGCCAGGAAACCUCCUGUGGUCCCCACGAAGAAUGCAAGGUGCAGGAUGGCAUCCAAGGCUGCCAUCCAGAGGGGCAUGGCAACUGCAGUAUGGCCGCAGGUUCCCACUACUUGACCUUUGAUGGCCGGGCCUACGACUUCCACGGUACCUGCUUGUAUGCCUUAAGUACAGUUGCCGGCAAGGAUUCUCGGUUAGCAAACUUCUCUGUGCUUGUGGAGAAUGACAGGUCCCUGACAAAGUCUGUUGUGGUCUCAGUUCAUGGCUACACUGUCGUCAUUGAGAAGGGAAUGAAGUGGCAGGUCAAGGUGAAUGGGGAACGUUACACCUUGCCAAUGACUACCAGUGCUGGGAGACUCUGGGCCAACCAGGAAGGGAGCAACAUCAUCGUUCAGUCUGACUUCGGCCUCAAAGUCCUUUAUGAUUCCUCCUCCUAUGUCCUCGUGUUUGUGCCCAGCACCUACCAGGGGCAUGUCGGGGGCUUGUGCGGUAAUUUCAAUAAGGACAAAACAGACGACUUCACUCUGCCCAGUGGAGAAAGCACACAGAACGUUGACCAAUUUGGUGCUUCAUGGAAGGUUCCCCUGGAGGGAACAGGCUGUUCAGACGGCUGUGGUGAGAAAUGCCCUGUCUGUGGGUCACAGCAGACAGCGCCAUACACUCCCAAGAGCUCCUGCGGAAUGAUCCAAGCCAUGUCAGGCCCAUUCAAAGGCUGCCAUGCCUUCGUGGAUCCCGCAGAGUACUUCGGCCACUGCCUCUACGACAUGUGUGCUUCCAACGGUGCCAUGGAGUCCCUCUGUCGGAGCCUUCAGGCAUACGUGGCGGCCUGCCAAGCUGCUGGUGCUACCAUCGAGGCCUGGAGAAAUAGCAGCUUCUGCCCUCUCACCUGCCCGUCCAACAGCCAUUACAGUCUGUGUACCAGGACUUGUGAUUUCACCUGCACCAGUUUGUCUACAUCAGGGCAGUGCACAGAGAAAUGCUUUGAAGGCUGCCAGUGUGACAGCAGCUAUCUGUUUGAUGGCAACAGAUGUGUGGCGAUGGAGGACUGCGGCUGUGUGUAUGAUGGAAGAUACAUCAAGGCUGGAGAAAGUCUUGUCUUGGAAGGCUGUCUGAGGAAGUGCACUUGUCGCGCAUCAGGCCGGCUCACCUGCGAGGACACCAGCUGCCAGCUAGGGGAGAUAUGCGCCAUCCAUGAUGGUGUGCGUGGCUGCAGGGGUCCCGAGGGCGAGUGUGCCCUCACCCCUGGUGCACGGCUGGUCUCCUUCGAUGGUGUCUCCGGGGAGAUCCUCCACAAGGGGGUGUAUGACGUGGCUUCCCUUUGCAACGAGAGUGACCCCUUUUGGUUCAGGAUCGUGGCAGUAGUCCAGGAAUGCAACGAUUGGGAUUUGCCAGCAGUAUCAACCAUACACAUAUUUUUCCAAGGAGUCUUCAUAACUGUGAAAAGGAACAGGGAGACGUGGAUAAAUGGCCACCUUGUGACCCUCCCAGCCAAGGCCACUGAUGAUGUCUUAGUGAGACUCUCUGAGGAAGGGGUCGUGGUUGAGUUGGACUCGGAAGUCAAGGUCAUCCUACGGCCCUGUGGAAAACUGCUGGUGCAAGUCAGUGACAGCCUGGCAGGAAAGUUGUGUGCCUCCUGUGGAAACUUCAAUGGAAAUAGUGCCGAUGAUCUUAAACUGCCCAAUGGGGAGAUAGCAGGAAGCAUCUCUGAGGUCAUUGAAGCCUGGAAGUCCAUGGACUUCUCUGGCUGUAAUGCCUGA